ACUACUUGACUUUGUAACAGUCCCAUAUUUCCUGGUGUCCAUUCCAUUCACUCCAUCGCUGCGAGACAAUGAAGGAUACACACACCCUGCUCAAUCUGCUUCUGCUGCUAGUGUACCUAGCAGGAUCAGCUUUGACCACUGAUGGAGGGAGUGGCAGUAUCAAUGGUCCCUUGGAACUAACCAUAGUGGGACCUGACUUUGUUAAAGUGGGCGUGCCACACAGUUUUGACUGUGCCGCCCAGUGCUCUCCCUCCUGCAGCUACAGAAUGAGUAUCUACGGACAGAUUUGGCAGGGCAACAAGCUGUUGUUCACAGCUCGCCAAUGGGAGGAGUCCCUAAACCUUACAUGCACUGCAAGGAAUGAUGACUCUGGGAGGUCCUCUACAGUAUCUAAGAUACUCCAGGUUUUAGCUGGACCAACCAACGUAUCGAUCACAGGCCCUGCCCUGAUGACCCCAGGGGCCCCUCAAAGCUUCCAGUGUAAUGCUGACUGCCGUCCCUCCUGCAACUACACCUGGAAGAUAAAGGGCCGAUGGCUCGGGGGGCAGGGGAGCGAGAUUACCGUAACUCCCGAAGAGUUGGCCACCUCUGUUACCCUGAACUGCAAGGCCAUCAACAGUGUGUCUGGGCUCUAUGCCAUGGCAACCAGGAAAAUACCUGUGACAUCUGGUCCAUCAGAGGUCCACAUCAUAGGCCCGGAAUCUGUUUCAGUCGGCUUCAAGUCCAUGUUUCAGUGCAUUGCCAAAUGCUCUCCCGCUUGUGACUACCACUGGACCAUUGAUGGUCACACUGUCCAUGGCAGUGAGAUGGAGAUGACGGUCGAGCAACAUGUGAAGCCAGAGAAAAUUAUGUGCCACGCUCAGAAUACGAUCUCAACUAAUUUUGAGGUGGUCACCAAGACCGUACGAGUGGAAGGUACAACAGAAAUCUCAUGAUUAUACAUUUUAGCCACUACCUUAAUUUUAGGAGACUAAAUCUUUAACUGAUGUAUAUGGUCUUUAUGAUGCUGUCAUAAACAUUAUUUGACCUAA